UACACAGAAGGAAACAUUCAGACUUGUUUACAAAAGUAUGUUCCGUUUCGGCAAUCGGUUGUUGUUCGAAUCUUAGUCACUCGUUAUCUGCUCAUAGAGCUGAACAUAUCAUUCAAGCGCUUUGUGAAAAAGGAUAUAUAGAUCGUGAUUUUUCUUCACUCACGUCUUCGAAAAAAGACUUGGCAUUUGUUUUAUCAUUGGAAAAAAUGUCAGAGAAAAAAGAAAGUGACUCCUUUGAUGAAUCUGACCAGUCAGACUGUCUUUCGGAAAGCAGGAAAUUGAGGAAAUAUUUUCAGGAGUUUUUUGGCAGACUGUGCAUAGAGAAAGAAAGCAAUGAUGAUGAUGAUGAUGAUGAUGAUGAUGAUGAUGAUGAUGAUGAUGAUGAUGAUGAUGACUUAAUUGACGAGGAAUACAUAAAAAAGCUUUAUUUGGGAGAAGUUGUAGAUUUAUCCGAAGCUUUUGGAACUUUCUCAAGUUUGGGUAACAUUCAGUCAGAAGCAUCUCCAAAAGUAUCAUCUUCGAAUUCGGAGUGUCUAGUUGCAAAAUCAUCCGAAGCUGUUCGAGUUGUCUCAAGCGACUCGAUGAACACUCAGUCAGAAGCAUCUCCAAAAGUAUCAUCUUCGAAUCUAAAGAGUGAUUUCAAAGUUUCUACAAAGAAUACAAUCCCAAAGGUUAAGAAGCGUUUCGACACCGUUGAAAACUUUUUCCAAAAACAACUUAAGGAAAAGAAAAAAAAAGAUUCCGAAGAAGACUAGUAUGCAGCAAGACUAUCGUAAAAUCGUCGUUUCUUGACGAUAUCCGACCAAAAGAACAAAAUCUUUGUUAUGGCGUAAAUUCUCAAUCGACUCUCUAAAUAUAGGAUUUCGUUUUGCAUUUUACAAACCACGACGAGGUUCGAUCUGUCAUGCGAUUCAGACUAAAAUUAUGCGCAAAAAAUUGCGGACAUUCUUUCGGCUUGAAAAUGCGGUUUCAGACGCACACAAACACAUGUGUAAGAAAUAUAUCUCAAUUGAAUGUAAAGAAGUUGUAUAUACAGACGAAGAAACAUCGUACACAUAAAACUGUGACAUUGAAAUCGUGCGUAUACACCUGGUUGACAAACUUUCGGUUGUUUGUUUUUGCACAGAUAUCUCUCGAUCACAAAUAUUUUUGUAAGGUAUAUACCUAAUGCUUUUAUUUUUACACAACAAAAUAUCAUUGAUAUGCAUAAAGUUUUAAAUAAUAUGUACACAUGAUUUGACGCAAUUCGACUUACAUUUCGACUUGUGACCGAAAUCUCGAGACGUCGUAAGUUGAAGGAUGUCUAGGAUGUUUUAGAUUUUUAAGCGCGAAAGAAAACUACAAAACAGGAAUCACAAAACUUUUUGCGAAAAGAAAUACUCAUAAAUUCAAAAUUAUUUUAAUUGAAAUUGACUUUGAAAUAAUUUUGCAAUAGAUAGCCAGCAAUAAUAUAUAGAAAUUUUUAAUCCAAAAUCAACACAACAAAAGUGCGAAAAAAGAUAAUUCAGGUCAAGUAGAUCAAACGUGCUUUCAAAAAUUGCUUUGCGUUGCAAUUGAUGUUUAAAGCAAGUUUUUAGAGCAUUUUAAUCAAAUAUUUGAUUAAUCAAUAUUUUAGAGAGCGCGUAUGUACGUGAUUCUUUUUUUACGUAUUGUAAAGAGUAUCUUUUAAAUUGCAUUGUCUGUUGGAAGAUGUUACAUCGUACACAAUAGAGAAUUGCUCAAAAGAAAAGACAUCGAAUUAAUUAAGACCAACCAAACACUUCGUACAUUUUUGAACGAAAUAAAAUUCUCGCUUUUACAUCGAACCUAAAAAGUCGUCAAUCAAAAAUCAAUCAAUUGUAAAAAACUACGUUUAAUAUCGUGCUAAUUGUUUUCAUCUCCUUACAUCUCAAUUUUUUGGACAUGUAACUGAUUGUGUAACGCGCAACUUGUAGCAAAUAAA